UUUUAGUGGUACUGUACCGUAAUUACAGCCUGCGACGCACUGAAAACUAAAAGCGUAGCAGUAAUUCAACAUAAAGUAGAUAACAAGUAUGUCUGACGAAGAAGAUUAUAUGUCUGAUGCAUUUUUACAAAAAUUACCUGAUACAAGACCAGGGUUACUGUCCAAAGAUUGUGUGAGGAGACAGGAGCAGAGAAAAAAAGAAAAACAAUAUAAUGAGAAGAACAAACAGAAACCAAAGGCUGUGUUAGAGAGAGAGAAAAGAGAGGAAGGUUUAGGGGCUAGUUUAUCUAGUGACAAUAAAGGAUUCUCAUUACUUCAGAAAAUGGGAUAUAAACCUGGAAUGGCCAUAGGAAAAUCAGGUGUUGGAAGAACAGAACCUAUUCCUGUAGAAGUGAAGUUGGGUAGAGGUGGACUGGGGAGGGAGGCAGAUCAGAAAAGAAAGAAGGAUCAACAAGUACAGAUGCAUAAACAUUGGAGUGCUAAAAGAAGAAAGAUGGAAGCUGAACAUAAACAAACUUUUAUGAGAAGAAUGAAUGAAAGAAUAAAGAAUAAAAAUGUUGAUAAAGACCUUUACAAAAGCCAGAAAGUUUGUGAACAGCUUGAUUCACAGAUGGGUAUAACACAACCACAUGAAGCAUUUUUCUGGCCAGAAGCUUUAUUACCUAGACAAGCUGAGGAAGAUGAUGAUGAUAUUAAUGGUGUUGGGGAAGAUGAGAGACUAGAUCGUAUGCAACCAGGAUAUAGUGGCUAUGUACAGGAUGAUGUUGACGAUGAUGAUGAUAAUGAUGAUGAUAAUGAUGAUGAUGAUUCUAGAGAGACUGAGGAAGAACCAGCUGCAAGCUAUAGUGUUGAAGAAAUGUUGGAUGUGCUGACUAUAUACUUAAGAACAAAACACAAAUAUUGUGUAUGGUGUGGUACUAAAUAUAAUGAUAAAGAAGAUUUGAUGAAACAUUGUCCAGGAAAUUCUGCUGAACUCCAUGAGGAUAUGUGAUGUAGUUUUGUUUAGUUAACUAAUUUCUAUAAAUUCCUGUUUUAUUUCCUAAUUUUAUUUGGGGAGAUCCAUGGUGAAACGUUGUGGAUAAGUUGUUUACAAAGAGUGUCCAGUUGUGGAUAGGUCUUGUUUAUCAGAUGGCAACAUAAAUUGAAUGUUAAUUUGACAGCAACUAGAUAUAGGUGUUUGCCAUUUAACUUAUAAGUAUUAUUUUGAACUAUGUUGAGUAGGUUAGUAAUUCACCAAUUGCUUAUAUCAAAAUAACUAAAGUGAAAAGUAUCAUCAAGUUAUGUACAUGUAGAUAUGUUAUAGUUAUUUAUUUUUUUUCAAAUUCUGUUUAUAUUAUAUUGUAUUUAAAAACGUUUGACGUGAUGAAAAUAUUUGGUAGUAUGUGUUACAUUUAAACAUGCCUUAUAGGCAGAGUUAUGGAAAUCUGAUGCUAGAUGUUGUCACCAGUCAAGUUAGGGCUGUCAUUGAAAAUCU